AUGUUAGCAGCAGCUUUGAAAUCAUUGAUGGAUUGGAUUAAAUCACUCUUCUGGAAGCAAGAGUUGGAACUUACAUUGGUCGGAUUGCAAAAUGCUGGUAAAACGACACUUGUAAAUACAAUUUCAUUUGGUCAGAUGAAUGAGGAUACUAUACCAACUAUUGGCUUUAAUAUGCGAAAAGUGAGUAAAGGAGGUGUAGAAAUCAAGUUGUGGGAUAUCGGAGGUCAAUCCAAAUUCAGAAACAUGUGGGAGAGAUAUUGUAGAGGAGUUGGAGCUAUUGUAUAUGUUGUGGACUCUGCAAGUGAUGAACAAACAUUGGAAGUAGCCAAAAAGGAGCUUCAUGAAUUGGUUGGAAAAGCCUCUCUUUCGACUAUUCCUUUACUGGUACUUGGAAAUAAGAAUGAUUUACCAAAUGCUAGAGGUGUACAAGAAUUAAUUGACAAAUUGGAUCUCAAACUUAUUACUGGACGAGAAGUAUCUUGCUACUCAAUUAGUGCUAAAAAUUCUGUAAAUAUUGACAAGACUUUACAAUGGCUCAUCAAGAAUGCCAAGAAGAGCGAAGAAUCAGACAAGAGUAAUUAA